CUCGUUAGCGUCUUUCUGUGUGUGUACUUCACGAUGAAGUUGAGCAGCCGGUGUCUGCGUGCGUUAACGCGUCUGACUCGCGCGCGCGGUGCACAUUCUGCGCUGUCAGGAAUUACGCAGCAUAUUCUGACACUGAUGAUGACAUCCAGAAAUCACGCGUUCGGCGCCGGAGAACAUGCAUGCUUUCCAUAAACACGCCUGCGAUAAUGUUUGCUUUAUAGGACGCGACCAGAGCAGUGAUGAAGGCACAGAGCUGCGCGAGCAGGGCGCGUUGUCUCCGCGCUAUUUUUAGACGCUGGCAGUGAAUUGCUGUAGUGUGUGUGUCAAGUUACUGCUGCAGAACUGAAAGAGAAGCUAGUGUGCGUCGGUGUUUGGGAUCUGCUCACGCUUCGCUUCGGUUUCGAGGCUCUUGGACUUCAUCCACGAUGUUCACUGGUGCAACUUUCCCGAGUCUGCUGUUGGCGGCGCUCUGUCUCGUCAGCCGGGCCGUCCCAUACGAGAGACGGCUGGAGGACCUGCAGCGUGGAGAAGAUAAAGGCUCGGUGGCUCCGUCCUCUGGAGACGCUCUCGUCUCUCUCUCGCUGACGACGCCUCCUGCUGGAGAUCUGCUUCAGAUCAACUCUUCUGAGGAGGACAGAAGACUGACUGCUGCAGCGCUCCUGCUGGACUCGCUGUCUGGAUCCGGACCCAGCUUCAGCUCCAGACUGCUGGAUGCCACGGACACCUGGACAGAAGCGGACCGUCUGAGGACAGAGGAAGUGAGCGUCUUGCCCUCGUCUCAAGACGUCGGCACUGAGGCCACCAUGUCCUCCGAAGACCUUCCUCUGAUUUUUGAGCCGUUCGAGGACGUCACGCCGGCCGGAGCAUCAUCCGAACCGUCUGUCGCCAUGACGCCAGCGGCCGUAACCGCGGGAGACGCAGAGCUGGAGCGGAUGGUGUCCAUGGAUACGGACCACACUUCCUCUGAUGUCCGUCUCUCAGCAGCUCUGGAGACGUCUGGAGUGAGAGAGCCAAUCACAGAGUCCCAUCCGGCAGAGGAGCAUCAUGGGACGACACAACCAGGUGAUGACGUCACACAGAGCGCUGUUACCCAUCAGGCUCUGGGGCUUUCUGAGGUCGCUCACUUACCAGCGUCAAAACCAAAGACAGACACGGAAGAUCCCAAAAUGAAAGAGGAGACCGAUGAAGAUGAGGAGGACGAGGAGAUGGACUCUGAGGAGGAGGAGGAGGAGAGUGAAGAGGACCUGACAGAGAGCACCAUCGCACCCCACAGCCGUCCCCCGUACGGCCUGAUCCCUCCUCCUCCGGUCUGGGUGCAGCGGAACCAGGGCCUGGCCUUGCUGAGCAGAAGAGACUCUUUCAGAAAGACUGAAGCUCUCCGCUGGUCUCUCGUAGGCUGGUUAUGUCUCGGGGAUGUUGGCUCCGGUCGGGAUUGGAAUAGCCGGAGCUCUUCUGCUGGUCGGCGCUCUGUACAGCAUCAGAGUGAUCCAUCGCAAGAGGAGGAACAGUUUCAAACACCAGAGGAGGAAGCCUCCCAGAGAAGUGCGCAGCGGACCAGACAACGCCAUGCUGCUGGCGGACAGCUCAGAAGAUGAGUUCUGAUGAUCUGGAAUCAUCUGUGAUAUGAACAACAGCGUUUCACACAAAUACUGAUGAGUACAUACGCAGUCAGUACAUUUAUAAAUGCAUUUUUCUUUCAGAAUCGCAAUAUGCUUUUUUCUUCAACUGCAUCCACGCUGUUUUGAGAAACUGAGAAAGUGAACAUUUAAAAUCCUCAAAACAGUGUUAUUUUAAUAUCACUGAGAUGAUAUUAAUAUUUUUAAUCACUUUUUAUUUCUAUAUUUUCUGUUUUGGUUAAUCUUGAAGUCAUUUUGUUGUUUUGUCAUUUUUAGUGGUUUUUUUUAUACAUAUCCAUAGUCCAUAUAGUUUUGAUACAUUUUUAUUUUAUUUUAUUUUUAUACAUCAAGUAACUAAAUUAAAAUGAGAAAUUUUAUCUUGGCAAUUAGCUGAAAUAAAAAGUUUUUUUUUCUCCAAGUAACAAAAAUAUGUGUUUUUUUUAAACGGUUUUAAUGUUUUUGAAAGUUUUGUCAUGGUUUUAGUUUGAGUUUUAUUUAACUAUAGUAAUCCGUCUUAAAUAAAGCGUAAAUAUGUUUUUAUUCAGCUGCAUCCACACUUUUUUGAGAAACCAUAUGUAAAAUAAACUGCAUUUAAAAUUUUCAAAACAGUGUUAUUUCAGUAUCAGUAAUAAGUUUUAUUAAUAUUUUGAAUCACUUUUAAUUUCUAUAUUUUCUGUUUUCAUUUUAAUUUUGGUUAAACUUUAAGUCAUUUUGCUGGUUUUGUGUCAUUUUUAGUACUUUUUAUAUAUGUUCAUAUAGUUUUUAUUCAUUUUCAUUUCAGUUUUAACUUUAGUUCUAUAUGUACAUUAAGUAUAACUAAAUGAAAAUGAGAAAUCUUGGCAAUUAGCUGAGAUUAAAAAAAAAAAUUCGUUUUUUUUUUUUUUUUCAACUUACAAAAAAGUGUUUUUUUUUAAUGGUUUAAUGAAUUUUUUUUUUAAUGGUUUUAGUUUGAGUUUUAGUUAACUAUAGUAACACGUCUUAAACAAAGCAUCUUGGGUAAAUAUUAAUUUUCAGUAACUCAAAACAGUUCAUUGUCAAUUAUUCCACUUGAAAAACUACAUACAGUAUGUGUUGAUCUUAUGAUUAUAGAAUUAUUUCUACUACUGAAGUAAGGCGCCAUCAUUAGUUCAGAAACAUUUAAUAUCAAACAUUAAUAGCACCUAAAACAUCUGUGAGAAUCCAGUAUUAAACAGUGAUAUAGUGAUAUAAUAAUAGUGCUUUCAUUCAUCACGGCUCGUCUGCAAACUCAAGACCCACGAUGCUUUACGAAUUCAGCAAGAAAUGCUGCUUUAGGACGAUAUCUAUAAAAUAAAACAUCAUGCAUAUGAUCAUUUCAUUUAGAAAAUAGUUACAUAUUAAAAUGAAUCCUCUAAAUUAAAGCACUCAUGCAACGUGAAAGAUGAUCAGCAUUAAAACAGUUUAUAAACUCUUUGAUCUAAUGUUGUACAUACAGUAUAUAGGAUGUUUUGACUGUAAAUAUGAUUGUUAUGAUGUUGUUUUCAUGUUGUAAUGAUGACAAUCUGAUGUGUGCAGUUCUAUACGAACUAUACGUGUUUGUGUUUCAUUUGAUGAUGGAAGUCUGAUCAGAAUCAUAAAUUCACUGCAGGCUUCUUAUGAUGUUUUGUCAAAGUUGUGAAAUAUCUUUACAGUAAGAGGAUGAAGAAUCACAGCACGCCACUGUAAAUACACUAAAAUAAACGAUCUAAUCAUGUACUUUUGCAGUGCUGUCUUCUUCCGUUACGUAACAUUAUUUAUUGAUUGAUAAUUGUUGUAAAUGUUUGGAUCACUGUGAAGUCCGGCUGCAGUGCUACGAAACACACACAGGUGGCGCUGUCCAUGCUGUUAUUCUGCACAAAACAAUUCUGUUUCACUUCACACUCAACACCUGACAGCAGGUCUGGAACACUAACAGAAUAAACACAGA